GGCCACACUCCACCCUGGGCUGGCGGACUUUAGCCCUUAAUCGAAUAGAAAAGUAGCAGCAGACGCCUCCGAUCCCAACGAGCAGCACAAAACACAAGGAGGGCCCCCAAAAUAAUGGCAAAAUUUCUGUCCCAGGAUCAAAUUAAUGAGUUCAAGGAAUGUUUUUCUCUGUACGACAAGAAACAAAAAGGCAAGAUAAAAGCCUCCGACCUGAUGGCAGUGAUGCGGUGCCUGGGAGCCAGCCCGACGCCAGGAGAGGUGCAGAGACACCUGCACUUGCACAAGAUCGACAGAAACGCAGAGUUGGAUUUCUCCACUUUCCUGAAUAUAAUAUACAGGCAGAUGAAGCAGGAGGAACCCGAGAAGGAAAUCCUCACGGCCUUGUCCAUGAUAGACAGGCAGAAGAGAGGCGUUAUCAGCGUUUCGGAGCUGAGAGCCAAACUUACGAGACUGGGAGAAAAGCUUUCCGAGGAAGAAGUUGACGACCUGCUAAAAGAAGCCAAAAUUGGAACAAGUGAAACAAUAAAAUAUGAAGAAUUUGUCCGCAUCAUUUGUCUUCCUACGGUCGACUACUGAAAUUCAAAACAAGACAUUUGGUAGGAGCAGGACCUGAAACUUUGACUUCGGUUUUUCCCAGUUACUACCUGGACUCAGGAAUCAUCAUUUGCCUUUAAAAAUCCUUGUUUUGCCUUGAUGAUAGUGCUUACACCUACACGGGUUCCCACCCCAUUUCUGGAGAAAUGCUGUCACAAGAUGUGAGCUCAGUUAUUUAAAUAAACUGAAUUUAAAUAAACUGAGUUCCUUUGUGUAAAAUGUGUCAUGCUUAAAAAAACCCCAACUCUUAUUUUUAAAAUGUAUUUAAGUCUACAGACUGUGGCAUAAAUAAGGACUUGUUAAGGUCUCACGGUGACUGCGUUCCAAGAAGUCGGCAUCACCCAUAACCAUUUGCUGCUUCCACACGCAGUUCUUUGUGUAGAACAGAUUCCCCGGGAAGCUUGAUUAUGUCACGACGGUGGUAAAUUUAGUACAACUAUGCACAGCUCCCCGGUAUUCCGUGGAUCCAUGGUAUCAUCCGAUAAGGUAACUCCCAACCAGAUGUUCCCCUGUCAGGAAGCUGUCAGGCUUACAGCCCCGCUGGCGUGGUGGCCACAUCCCCGGGGACCAUCCGGAGCGACAGGAGACGGGCAGCCGGCAAUUCUCCCGCUCCCUCGGUCGGUGACGCCGGCUGCGGAGGACAACUCCCAGUCUCCAAGCACAGGAACAGUCUAUGAUCGCUGUGUCUCUUUCCUCCUCGUUUUUCGCUCCUCCAGCACACGAGAUCUCUGUACUGUUGUACUUGUGUCACAGUAUUUAUUAAGGUACAAUAUCUCGCCACGUUAAGUCUCUGUGCAGUGAAGCUGCCCCUGCAUUUUGA